AUCUCUCUCGUUUUCCUCCCCGCCAUCCGCCAUUGCCCGCCAUUCAAGUCAUUCAACAGGUUAUUUGAUAGCUAACGGUUAAAUGAGACAAUCGAUAAAAUGGAUAAUAAUAGUGAGGUAGCGUCGGUUUCAACCAAUGAUUCAGUGUUUACUGAAACCGAAUCAACUGCCACAAAAUGCCACGAGAGAGAUACGUCAGUCGACGAAGCGUCCCUGCUUCGACACUUGCAGAGGGCCAUCUCGGAGACAACGGAAGAGAACGUCACAUACACAAAAGAGACAGCGACUUUAUUGACUAAAUUGAAUGUUGACGUCAAGGCACUACCCAAUGAUAUAAAGGAAGGUUUGGAGAAAUUGGCUUUAAUCCUGAAAACCGAGAAGCUGUUCGAGUUCGACGAGACCGCGUUGCGAGUGAUGAGAGAACGGAAGGUGAUAGAGGAGAAAAGGCGGCAGCGAGAAGAGAAGCAGAUGUCCACAAAGUAUGAUGAAUUACUUAGGAAUUGCAUGAAGCUGCAGACGAGGCUUGAUCAUCUUCAGGACGCGGUCGAUUCUCUCGAGAAAACUGUCGAAUCUACGGAGGAGGACAAGAACAAUGUGUAUUGCAACAAGGUUUUUCUGUCUACUAAACUGACGGAGUACCAGCAAGCCGUGGAGAGACUGGGGGCGGAUCUGAGCGAUAUGCAGGUCGAUGAACUGUAUUCUGAGAAAAUAUUGAAUAAAUACAAGCUGUAUUUGGAGAAGACGAGUAGAUUAGCAGAGCUUAAUCAAUCACUCGCUCAAUAUGGUGACUUACCACCUAACUUGCUGCAGGCUAAGUUACUAGUGGAGAGUAAAAGGAAAGAAUACGAGAACUUGGAGCAGAUGUUUCUGGAAAAAACUCAAUAGUAAGCACAAAUUUCAACUCCAAUAUCAAACUCAACUGUAUAACUCAACUUAAUAUAUAUAUAUUUGCAAUAUUGUUUUUCAUACAGAUGCCAUUAAUUUAUCUUAAAAAUAAAAAAGAAUUAUAUGCGUUUUAAAUAUUAAA